CUGGAUAGCAGCUCUACUACAAAGAUGGUCAACGUACCCAAAACCAGAAGGACUUUCUGUAAGAAAUGUGGCAAGCAUCAGCUUCACAAAGUGACCCAGUACAAGAAGGGUAAAGAUUCUCUGUAUGCCCAAGGGAAGAGGUACUACGAUCGGAAGCAAAGCAGCUAUGGUGGGCAGACCAAGCCAAUAUUCCGAAAGAAGGCUAAAACCACCAAGAAGAUUGUGCUGAGGCUUGAAUGUGUUGAGCCUAACUGCAGAUCCAAGAGGAUGCUGGCCAUUAAGAGAUGCAAGCAUUUUGAACUGGGAGGAGAUAAGAAGAGAAAGGGACAAGUGAUCCAGUUCUAAACUUUGGGGGGAGGAGGG